AUGUCGUUCACUGAGGAAAACCGCAAGGACUUGGAGGAAAAGGGUUACACGGUCGUGAAGAACGUGCUCACUGAGGAAGAAUGUCAGACCUACAUCAACCAGUACAAGGAGUGGCUUGCGGACAACUUUCCAUCUUCUACUUUUCCUCAUGUAGCCCACUCUCUAGUACAACGGUAUCAGGUUGGUCACCUGGAACCUUCCUGGCGAGUUCGUCUACGAGCACGUGACAUCUUUGCGCAGAUUUGGGAGACCAAGCGCCUGUUGUCCAGUGUGGAUGCCGUGGCUAUAGGCAGGCCACCUGAGGACGGCGAAGAGGACUUUCACAGCGAGAACAGAGGAUGGCUGCACGUCGAUCAAUCACCCAACAGAAGCGGGCUGCAUGCGUUUCAAGGAGCCGUGUACCUGGAACACGCAGAUGAAGAUGACUGGACUUUCGAGGUUAUCGAAGGUUCCCACCGUUAUUUCGAUGAAUACUAUGAGAAGACGAAUGACCCCAGACGCGUUGGUGCAAGGGGUCACAGGACAUUGAGAGACGAAUAUUUUGAUUGGCUGACGGAGAAUAAGUGCUGUCGCAAGAGAGUUCCGGUUCCAAGAGGAGGCAUGGUUCUCUGGGAUUCGCGCCUGGUGCAUGCUAAUGCUCGUCCUGUCAAAGGAAGGAAAAAUCCUGGAAGAUGGCGCUGGGUGGUGAUAGUCUGCAUGGCACCAGCGUCGUGGGCCACAAAAGAAUCCCUGAAGAUCAAGCGAGAUGCAUACAACAAGCUGCUGAUGACCACACACUGGCCCUGUGACGAUGUGGGUGUCUUCCCGGUCACCCUCCCGUCCUAUGCCGUGAAGGAGUUGCACCCCAUGACAGAAUUACCGGAAGUUGCGCGAGGUGACGACGCCAAGCGCUUGAUGGGCAUCUGCCUUAUCCUCCUCCUGAGCAGGUGGAAGACAUUGAAAACGAAAAGCGGAUCCUGGCCCAGCGGCCGAAGUGGAAUUCUCGCUGCAUACCUUCCGAAAUUGAGAAACCAGUGAAACUCCACAGGGUUUUGAACCUCUGUGGCUUGGCUGUGGUUUUUGUCGGCAUUGCUGUCGCUUCUUGGGUGUUGAAGUUUUGACAAUUUGAACACUCAU